GGCGGCGGUGGCGGCGGCGGUAAAAUGUCAGUGCCGGGACCUUACCAGGCAGCUGCGGGGCCUUCCUCUAUGCCUACUGCACCCCCGUCCUAUGAAGAGACAGUGGGUGUAAACACUUACUACCCAACGCCUCCAGCUCCCGUGCCCGGGCCGGCCACGGGGCUCAUCACAGGCCCAGACGGGAAGGGCAUGAACCCGCCUUCGUAUUAUACCCAGCCAGUGCCAGUCCCCAACGCCAACGCAACCCCUGUUGUCCAUUCUCCCCCGCCAGUUGCUGUGCAGACAGUGUACGUGCAGCAGCCCGUCUCCUUCUACGACCGCCCCGUACAGAUGUGCUGUCCUUCCUGCAGCAAGAUGAUCGUGACCCAGCUGUCCUACAAUGCCGGUGCCCUCACCUGGCUCUCCUGUGGGAGCCUCUGUCUACUGGGGUGCAUAGCCGGCUGCUGUUUCAUCCCGUUCUGCGUGGACGCCCUGCAGGACGUGGACCAUUACUGCCCCAACUGCAAAGCUCUCCUGGGCACCUACAAACGCUUGUAGGGCUCCACCGGCUGUGGGAGAGAUGCGUGUCACCGGAAGUCACCUGACCCUUGCCACGCCUGCCCCAGGAGAGGCUCCGCUCCGGAAUCUCACCUCUCCAUGGUCUCCACCUCCUUGUCUUCUUUUGGGGGAAACAAAAUGUCACAAAAGUUACAAGCCUCCAAACCCCCCAAAAUUGCUGCUUGGAGUUGUGCACGGGACAUGCAAAGACAUUGACCUUGAGUGUUGGUUCAAGAGUUUUCCUGUCUACCUAAGUCGCCCUAACUAACUGUAAUUGCUGCCCCCUUUGCAUAUCCUGGGGUUCACCACUGGCUGGGCUCCUCUUCUGCUCAGUGGGCCUUUCCGGUGGUGGUCUCAAACCUAGAAGCCACAGUUUGCCUUAUUUUUGAGACUUCUGCCCCAACCGUGGCAGAACCAGUCUUUUAGCACCUGUGAUUUUUUUUUUUUUUCCACCUUUCCCUAUCUGUGAAGACAAAUAAUUCUUGCCUUAAAGACUUUAUAUGGGCUUGGCUCUUAGAUUCUGUAACUGCAGACGUUAGCGCUCACACUCACUUUAAUUUCUUAAUUUUUUAAGUGAAUGGAAGGGUUGUUGACGCCCACCAGGCACGUAUCUAUGAGGUCAUACAUGCAGAAUAAAAGAAAACCCGGGGCCGAGUUUAACCACUGUCGUUUGCGGUCCAGCAACACAGUAAUAAUGAAGGGAUCCCCCACCCCCGUGCCGUUAUUGCGUUCAGUUGUCAGCUUUUCUCGGCCUUACACAUCUAUGAAUAGUGUAAUUUUGUUUUUUUAAGAUGGAAUCUCAUUUUGUGGUUCAGGCAGGCCUGGAACUCCUGGACUCAAGUGAUCCUCCUGCUGCAGCCUCCCAAAUAGCUGGGACUUCAAGUGUAUGUGUCUGCACCCAGCUCUUUCCUUUUUCUUUGACAGAAAAAGAAUGGGGACCUCCCAUCCACUGCCUGUACCAUGUCUAUGUGGGGACCCUUUGGGGUUCCUAGUGGUGUGAACAGGGAUGCCUGUGUGGAUCCCUGCCAUGGCGCCUCUGAGAACUUGAGCAUCAGAACUGCCUAAAGAGCACUGAGGUCUAAUUUCUCUCUUUUCAGCAAUAGAGUUUGUGGUAUCAGACCCAUCAGAGGGUGCCAACAGCAAACCCAGAGCUUUUUCUAGGUUGACCCCUGUGUCCUCUUUAAAAUGGACACAGAGCCUGCCCCCCUUUCGGAAGGCCCUGAUUCCGUACUAAACCCACACCAGGGAGUUCUGUGAAUCAGUGUGAAGUCAGACUUGGACCUUGAACAAAAGUCCAUAUAUGGGUCGCGAGGAAAGUCGCCCUGUUGACGCAGCCCUUCACGCGUUAUUCUGGAAGUGUUAGCAGUUACGAUUUUGGCAGUGAAUUAUGGAUACCCACGUCUCACUUUGGUGUUAUCUGCUUUUAAACAAAUAAAGCUUGGGGUUCACUCGGUGAACUCUUUAUCAAUUCA